AUGUAUGUUGAAAAAGAACAGAAUAGAAAUAAUGAUUGGAACAAACCAGAUCCGAAGACAUCAUCGAAACAGAAUAACAGAAGUAAUCCAAGGGAGAGUCCAGGUUAUGGAGAUCAACAAAAUUGGCAAAGUAAUAGUAAAGAAAGACAAAAUUGGAACAAAAAUGAUCCACCUCCAACUAAUGAAAGAAAUAAUUGGAACCGAAAUAAAAGUCCAAGUAAUGGUUUGAGAAGAAAAGUGGAUUGGAAAAAUAAUAAUAAUAACAAUUACUCAAAUCGUAAACCAUUAUCUCCUCAAAAUUUCAAUGAUAAAAAGGAUUUAGUCCUUGACAAACGUGAUUUCUUGUAUCGUGAUGUACCUAAAAAAAUACGUGAACAAAUUCAAUUAGAUGAAACAGCCCAGUAUAGUGUAACGGAUAUGCGUACAGCAGACGAAAUCUCCGAUUUUAUUGCAAAAUUACCUGGUUUAAUUAAAGGCUAUCAUUUAAGUGGUCAGUAA